AUGGAGGGCGAACCGGGGGAAGAAGAUACUAAGGAGAAGCCGGCCGACGACCCCGAAGAAGAAGACGUCGAUUUGCACAACCAGCUUGAAAAACUGGCGACGAGCUCGACGAUCAGCCGCGUUGACUUGGUCAAAAUGUAUCGUUGUGCCGUGGCAUUGCUGGAAAAGAAGAGCAGCCCAUUCAGAGCCCCGGAACUGCUCGUUCUCCGCGAAAUUUUCGCGAAGUCGCUAGUGCUCAAGGAUUGGAAACUGGCGCAAGCCGUGGCUAUGGACCUAUCGGAACGAUGCAAUGAGCAGUAUCUAAAGGAUACUCUCUCCUACGUCGUUUCGCUGAGCCAAGCCUUGGAAGUCGUUGAGGGUGCCGCGGUCGGCGACGAAGAAAAGAAGCUGCCUUUGAAGCACAACGAUUUUGCCGAGUUUUUCAAGCAUCUGUGUCUCGCCGAUAGCGUCUUUGGCCAAGCUCCCGACCUGGAUGCGGACUUGGGAGAGGAGGACAAAUUGAUCAAGAUCGACUCUUACUUCCGGUCGCUGCGCAUUCUGAUUUCUCGCCUAAAAUUCGACGAAGAAAUCGUCGAGCACUAUAAGAAGGUUUUCAACACGGUGGAAUCGAUUUACAAGGUCCUAAUCGACGCUAGUUCGAACCUCGCCAAUUUCCAUGUGGAAUCUCCCAACAUCAUCGCCUUCAUAAAAACUGGUGUCGGCUUGUUCCCGAGCGCGCUGCAGAAUGAUCGGCUGAGAGAGGCCGUUGCACUGAAUCAAGCAAGACUUUCUCCUUCGCCGGGCCUUAUCGGAACAUGCAUUCCUCGUGGUGCUGCCUCAAGCCCAGGCGAAAGCGUCGAAAAUGUAGAGGACGUUGCAAUUGGUCUGAUAUCGCAAAAGAAGCAAGACACUACAAACGGAAGCUCGGAGAUCAAGGAUGAUGAGGUUGAUGUGCCGGUUAUCGAAGUUCGCUUGACGCCGAGAGAGGGAUCGCCUGUUCUGGAGACGGACGCUGCGCCGAAGCUACUUGAUGGUGGCGCUGAUUUUGAGGCCGGAUUUGGUGGCAAAGAAGUCUUCUCCGGCGUUGCUUCGGCCCAGGACGUCAACUCCAACAGUUUCACCAAGGGCUUUGCUGCCGCUGGCCCCGCCGGCGAUAACUCUACUCGGGGUAGCAGCUUCUUCCCUCGAGGAUCGUACCGUGCUGCUUCGCAAGAACAAGUUCGUCCAGCGCGGUUCGAAGGUGGCAUGCAGCGCCGAGGCGGUACGCGAGGCGGAAGGGGCAUGAUGGGUGGCCGCGGAAGCUUCGUUCGGCAA